ACAGUUCAAAGAACCCGCUCCAACUCUUUCUCCGCCGGGAGCCCCCUCAACUCCAAAUUACGACAACGCACUCCAAAAUCCGGGUUAUCCUCCACCACCAUACCAACCGUCAUCGCCUCCACCCCCAUACCAGCCAUCAUCACCUCCACCCCCAUACCAACCUGCACCAAGCUACGUGCCUCAUAACAUUCUGGUUGGUCCGCAAACUCCAAACCCGAUGCCUUGCACAAUGGCUCAACCAGUUCAGGUGCCUUAUCAGGCACAACAUUACGCAACGACUUUCGGCCCUUACCCGAUGCAAUAUCCUUCGCCGACAACUUCAGUGAUGGCUCCGAUGAUCCCAAUUCCCUUCGCUGGACAACAACCAAUGUAUAUCUACCCAUCUCCCGUAGUUCAGGCGAGACAGGAAUCAAGUCGACCGGAGGCACAAGAACGCGUUGUAGUGGUUCCAUCGCAGCCUGCUGACAGAGGAGGUGGACUACUUGGAAGUGCAGCAGUCGGUGUUGCCUCUGGAAUGGCUGGAAGUCUCCUUGGUAGAGCACUGUUCGGAGGAUGGGGUGGAUACGGUUGGGGCGGUGGGUGGGGGCACGGAUACCAUGCUCCGAUGCAAAUCUUCAAUCAAACGACAGUUUACGAUAACGACACGUACUAUGGCGCAGCAGACGGAUAUGACGACUUUGUGGCUGAUGAAGCGGACUUCAUGGACUACGACUCAUAG